CAUCAAAAGGAAACUAAAGACUUUAGGGAUGAGGAAAAAGAGAAAAAUGACAUGAUGCCGUUUGAAACAUCGGCCAAAAGUAGGCCAUACAGCGAAUUUCUGAAAUCAUGUUUUCUAAUGGCGAUCUUCGGUAUUUCGUUUGCAGAGAAAGUUUCAGUUGUGAAAUGUCCUGGAUUGUAUUGUGGAAGGAAGGAUACAGGCGAGGGAACAUACUCACAAUGUGGGGCAUGUCCUAGAGGUUACCAGCCAGAUUCCAACACCAUCUGUCAACAAUGUGAGGACUCGCCGAAGUUUUAUGACUGGCUCUACCUCGGCUUCAUGGCAUUACUGUCCCUGGUCUUUCACUGGUUCUUCAUUGACUUCACAAAUAAACGGAAGAGGACUCUGAUCAUACUUCAUGUGAGUGCAUUAUUGGAGUGUGUACUAGCAGCCAUUUUGACCCUUUUACUUGCCGAUCCAUUGGGGUCCAUCAACAUCCGAUCAUGUACAGUCCAUGAGCUGUCCGACUGGUAUACAAUGCUGUAUAACCCGAGUCCAAACUACACCACCACCCUUCACUGUACACAGGAAAUAGUCUACCCACUGUACACUAUCUCGAUGAUCUACUAUGCGUUCUGUCUGGUUCUGCUGAUGUUGGUGAGGCCAUUCGUGUCCUACAAGUUUGUCCAGAGUCGAGGCACCAAGUCCAUAUAUGCUGCCCUCUACUUCCUCCCCAUCCUCAUUGUUCUCCAGGCUGUGUUUGGGGGACUUCUCUAUUAUGCUUUUCCAUACAUUGUAAUAGUACUUUCUGUGAUCACGAAUGCAGUGUUUUUAUCCAGUAUAUCUGAACAGAAAUUUAAGCCUUUAGUCAAGGAAGCAUUCCUAAAUGUGAGAAACUUGACAAUUCUAGCAGGACAUUGGUUUCUCCAUGCAUAUGGUAUAAUUGCCAUGACACAGCUCAAUGACCCCAAGUUCUAUGGGUCACUGCUGGCACUGGUGCCAUUUCCUGUCAUGUUUUACAUUCUGACGGUGAGAUUCACGGAUCCUGACCGAAAUGUCCAGGACAUGUCCUGACAGUAUGCCUCAAGACCUGGGUAUAGACCAAUGGCACGACGCAGGGGAGGUGGGCUGAGGUUCCCCUCAGCAACAAGCUAGACGUUCACACUCGCCACAGAGGACGAGGGCUGAGGGUCCCCUCAGCAGGAAGCUAGACGUUCACACUCGCCACAGAGGAGGUGGGCUGAGGGUCCACUCAGCAGCAAGCUAGACGUUCACACUCAACACAGAGGAAGAGGGUUGAGAGUCCCUUUAGCCGUAAGCUAGACUCACACUUCCUUCAAAGGGGGAGGGCUGAGGGUCCCCUCAGCAGCAAGCUAGACAUUCACAAUCAACACAGAGGAGGGGCGAAGGGUUCCCCUCACCACACUAGGCUUUCACUCCACUCAGACAGCUCAGAAACAUACCUUUCAUCAUUCUUUUUCACAGGUUCAGGGGGGUAUUCCAAAAUUGUUACGAUUAGUGGUGAAAAUUUUUGACAAAAAGAAGAGAAUAGGAUGUAUUUUGAAUUGAUCUCAAAGAUAUCAUUUCUGCUAGUCAAGGUUACAAUCCACCUCUUCAGGAGUUGGCUGAUCACAACUCUUUGCUAGCAAAGAAGUAAAAUAAAGAAUCUUGAUCUGACUGUAAUCCAUAUGAUUCUAAUUACAAAAUGUACAUGUAAAUUUUUUUUCAGCUAACUUGUAAUCGUGGUAUAGCUGUGACCCUUUUUAGACACCAUAUAUUAGCAGACUUUUGUUUAUUUUUGUGUAAAUUAUUACAGAUUUCCCAUUAAUACAUAGCCUGUAGAUCUAUCAACAAGUGUUACUUAAAUGUCUUGCAUACACGUUUACACCCAACUUUUUUUUUUUUUUUUUUUUUAAUUUCCAUUCAAUCUAUAACUCGUUUUCUGUUAAUAUUGAUUAUUAUAUAUAAUUACUAAAUCAUGUUUUGACUACUGAUAUCAAUUCGAUACUCCAAGUUUAUAUACUGUAUUUUAUAAUCCAUAUUUAGAUUCUCUUUGGAAUUUCAUUAGGAAGAAAAGUUAUGUACAAGGUACUUAGGAUGUUGAUAAUUGAGCGUCCUGUAAAUUUCAGCUUGCAAUUUUAAAAUAUCCAUCUCUCACAUGGUAACAUAAAAUGGUUAUGAAAUGGAUUUGAAAAAUCACAGCUUUAAAAUAAUUUAUAGAAAUAAAAUAACAGAAAAUUGAACUUCAAUUUUGAUCUAAAGAACUUUUUCUACGAGUGUUGCAACAGAAAAUAUUUGUGUAUGUAUUUCUGAAGUACAUGUACUGUGUUUUAGGGUAGUUUAGCCAUCUGUCCUCUAGUGGGUAGUGUCGGAGUGUGACCUAUGAAAAUAUUUAUAAGAGUGUCGUUGGUCUGAUCGAAGCAUUGCAAAUUAACUGUACGUAAUUAUGUGCUGUGUAGAAUGGAUAAAGAGAAUAUGUCAGAAUACAUCAAGAAACUUGUAUGAUUUCCUUGGACUACAUAUACUGUAACAUCAAAUAUUUUUGAUGAUGUCAAAUUUUGUGGUAUUACAACCACUUUCCUUUUUCCCCAAAACACCAAUUUAUUGGUACAUGAUAUCAAGGUAUGAUAGAAUGAAAGUAACUUUGUAUCAAAUUAAAAAAAAUUUCAAAGAGAUAUAAAUUUCUUGAAUAUGAGUACAAAUAAAAUCAACAAAAAUAAGAGCCUACAAAAAGUGACUUCAUGGCAAAGUUCCAUAAUAUUCUAUGGUUAUCAAUCUGUUGAUAAAAAGUCAUCAAAACAGAAAAAACAAGAAAAGAAGAAAGAAUCCAUCUUCAUGGUGCAUCUUGCAAUACUGUGGUAUGAUUCUCCCUCAAUGUUUCCAUGGUUUUACGUAUAAUGUAUUCUAGGAAAGAUGUAUUUCACACAGAUACGUACAAUUAUACCCAAGUAAUUUAAUUAGCAAUGCUGUGCCCAGUGUCUUGAGGAUGCAAAAAGUUACAUGUUGUUAUAGUUUUGUAAAUGUUUUCAUGUAUAAAUUGUGAUGGUUCAUAAUAUAAUAUGACCAAAUCUUGCUACCAAGUAAAUUCAGUAUCUAAAACUUUUUUCUUUCUUUUUUUUUUCAAGCAUAAACCUCUAGGAAGGAUUAAAUUUACUAAUCCAUCAUCAGAUAUGUAGAUAUGUCUGUAAAAAAACAGUUCAUAAAGAAUCUUGGUGUUUUUUUUGUUUUUUUUUAGUAUUAAUAAUCUUUUUUUUUUCCAUGUCUUUCUGCAUCAACUGCUAUUUUUUAUAUGCCCAUCAGAUUUGCUGGUAUAACACAAUGGCAUCAUUCGUUUGUCUGGCAUAAACUUUUGAUUGUCUGAAGAUCUCUUACAUUUUUGGACUGAUAUUUUUUAAACUUGGUAUGCGUAAUGAUCAUGAAAUGUACUGGUAUUAAAAUUGUGUUUCCCUGAAAGGAAUUUUUAUUUGACUAUUUUUGCAAAAGUUAUUGCCCUUCAAUUAUUUCAGUACAUGUAUUUUAUUUUAUGCAACAUUUUUUGCCCAAUUUCGUUGAAACUUCAUAAACUUUAUAUUUAUGAUACAAAGUUGUGUUUCCCUGAAUGGCAUUUCGAAUAAAAAAAAAUUCUUUCAGUAUUUGAUUUUCUGUACGAAGAUUUCAUACAUUUUCCGACUGACUUCUUUGAAAUUUGGUAGGAUUUAUAAUCAUGAUAUAUAUUUGUGUUUCCUUGUAUGGCUUAUUGAUUCAGAUAUUUUUGCAAAAAGAAUUGCCCUUUAUUUAUUUCAGAGAGAAAAAUUCAAGGCAAUUACUUUCAAAAUUUUCUGUAUUCAAUAUUAAAACAGACUUAUUGUAAAUUCUUGAGAAGUUUUUGUCAUCGUGUAAGGGGUUGUCAUACAUAAAUUGAUGAAAAUGUUACAACUUACUGUCAGUCAUGAAUAUAUAUCAUGACCAAGGAAACCUUAGGUCCUAGAUGUAUUGUAUAACAUGUUUCAUUCCACUGUAUAUAUGCAAAUGCUGACUUUGAGAGUGAAGGGUUUGCUUCAUCAAGAAAAGCAAUUAUGUAAAUGUUUUCAGAUUGUUUUUACUAGUAAAUCAAUGAUUAGAACAAUUUAUUUUAAUGCUUCAUUGUACACAUAUUUGCUGUAUUUAUAACUAUAUGUCUUCUGUAUACAUAAGUUGGUACAUUUUAUGUUCCCACAUGUACAUGUAGGUAUUGUUGGCAACAACACAUUUUUCUAAUGGUUUAAUUAAUGGCUGUUUAAAUCAAUAUAUAAAUUCAGUGUCUGGUGCAUAGAUAUAUACAUGUAUAUAUAGCAAAAUCAGAAAGACUAGCAUAAGUGUUUUCAUUUCAAUUAUAAGAUAUGCUUUACAUUUUCAUACUUCAUUUGGCAAAACAAUUUCUAAAGUGUCUUAAGAUUUAAUAUGAAAAUACUUCUACUUUAUAAAUCAAAGUGUUUCUGACUCUGGUAUUACCAGGGUAUCUAUAUACAAUGUACACAUGUACAGUAUUUAUGUUUUAUUGCCUUUCAUAGUAAAAUUUUCUCUGAUCAAUUUUGAUGGUACUGCCUUAAUUGGUGAGGUCAGUAUGGUGUUAUAAUGGACUAAAAACUGAAUCAAAGGUUUUUGAUUUUUAUAUCAGAUAAGAAACUUGUUUGCAAAAUCAUGGAAUUGCAUUAUAUUUAUGUUAAUUGAGCAUGACAACAGGAAAUUUACAAUGGGGCAUUGAGAUGUCACAAUGAUAUCAUUGAGAUGUCACAAUGAUUAGUAUGUACAUGUAGUACAAUAUUGACUUAGUGUUUCUAAAAAUAGAUAAAUCGGGUCAAUAUCUCAAAAUAUUGACCUUCAUAUGACCGUGUUUUAGUAAUUGAGAGUUGCUUAAAGUCGGAGCAUAUCCAAUAUUCCAUGAUAACUAUACAAAAUGCUGAAAAUGAAAUGGGCAGUUAUUUCUUAUGUGUGAAAUUUCUCUUGUAAAAUUGACAUAAUAGAUUAAUUUGGUUUGAUUUAAUUAAUUCAUUUACAGAUUUUCAAUUCUAAAUUAUGAUACUACUUUGUUUCCAAUUUGUGCAAAUCUCUUAUUAAAAUGAUUUGUUCGAUGUUACAUAUUUAUUAUCAUGUUUAAAGGAUUAACUUUCUUCAUUGAAAACUGUUGUGCUGGCAAAUUGCUUAUAUUGCUAUGUAUGGAAACGUUUCAUUUUCAUGAAUUUUUUAUUUUUUUUUGGAUAGUUUAUCAAUUUUUACUGUUGUAAUAAUUUGUGUAUGUAUUGAAUAAAGGCAUUUACAUAAUAUGUA